CAAGACCAUAUUACUGACACCUACAAUGGAGCCCCCUCUCAGCCGUACAACAUCAGUUCGGAUUUCACUUAUCUCAUAUGGUCAUGCCAACGGGCCUAUGAUACAACAGUCUCGGGAGGUCCGAUAUCGGCAAACCUUAGCCUACAACAUUCGACAUUUGCCCAACCCACCCCGCCAUCUGCGGGUCAACGCAACCGGCCUAUCGCGGCGAUUGCAGAAAGAGUUCCUCCAGAAUGAUGCAGUCGAGGCCGUCUUGGUCAAGGUCCAACAGGAGAUAGUCAAUGCGGUCCAAGAAGGCUGCGCACAGUCGUUGUAUUCCUUGCAGCCGGAAGAUCUUCGACAGGACGCCUCACAGACUGAUACGCGCCGGAGUCUGGAUUCUCAGGCCAGCGGAAAGCCCGCUGUCGACGGCAUAGAUGUCGAUAUUGUAGUGACAAUAUGUUGCGAAGAAGGCCGUCAUCGGAGUGUGGCGUUUGUGGAGGAACUAGCCCGGCGGCUGGCUACCAUCAAAGAUGGGGAUGGUGUUUUGCAGCACUGGGCCUUGAAUCUGAAUAAAAGACAUCGCGAUAUUGAAGAUGGGGAGGAUUCUGAGCAAUCCUUAGGUCAGAAGAGGCGUCCAAACAAGGCUCAUGCACAGAUUCGAGAGCGAGAACGACGUGAAAAGGGAAAUCGGUUUAGAGAGAGGCCUGGAGAUGAGGAUGACACGGACCAGAUUUAUUGAUUUUCUGGUAAAUCCAAUAGAUACCUGCAUUGUGUGACGAGGGGCUACAAUAUCUACGUCAUUGCAUCUUCAUGCAAACCUUCUGAAUAGUUUACUUAGCA